AUGUCCUUGGCUUCGCCAGCCCAGCCGCAUGUCUCUCUACGCCACAGGAGAUACAAGGCCGCCCUUGCUUGCGCGACUUGUCGUCGCCGCAAGGUGAAAUGCGACGGUCUCCGUCCAGUGUGUGGGAGAUGCAAAACCAAAAGAGAGCUUCAGGAAACAUGCACGUACAUCCCGGCGUCAGCUCGCCGUAGCAGUAGUGUGAAUGCUCCUCUUUCGUCAGCUGCAGCAUCUUCACAACUACGGAGACCUGGUACAUCCGCUCAAACACGUUCGGAGCAAUCGGAUGCCAUUGGCACUCCGAGCGCUCACGCCGUCGGUGACCCAGGAGAGUUCUCUUUCGAGGUCAAGGCUGCUGUGGAGGCCAAAUUGGGGUUGCCGUCCUCGAAAAAGCGAUGCCCUAUUCCUCUGACGGAUGCCCCGUUAUUUGGCUUGUUGUCUCUUCCAGAGAUUAUAAAUGCCGCUAUAAACCCUGCGAACAAUGUCCUUCCCCCGCGGAAGCAUGCCGACCACUUGGUAAGCCUGUACUGGCGAUGUCUCGAUCCUCUGGAGCCGUUGCUCGAUCAUAGAUCCUUCUGGACCGCGUACCAGGCACUCUUUGACGGCGGAGAGAUGGAAUGCAAUGAACAUAUCUUUCUCUGCACGCUCAACCUUGUAUUUGCUUUAUCCACUCAAUUACAGGAAUCCACUCCUUCGGAACAGAGACACAGCGCCAGCAGGACGUUCUUUCUUCGAGCGUGGCAUCUGCUGCGUCCGGAGAUCGUCCUCUGGCAACCCGGCUCGUUGGAGAUCGUUCAAUGUCUGGUCCUUACGACCAGGUAUCUUCAAUGUACUCCAAAUUUACAGCAGACGUGGAUGGCACUGGGUUCUGCUGUGCGGAUUGCCCUGAACAUUGGCCUCGACCGCUCAGAGAAGAAUCUGGCCGUGUCGGAUAGGGAGACCCAGUUGACACGGGAUGUUUGGCAGCAUUGCGUAUUUAUGGACCGAAACCUUUCUUGGUCGCUCGGGCGGCCUUCCACGGUACCGAGUGUGCCCUUCUUCUCGCUCGACGUACUUCGAAAUGGUAGCAAUCUACCUGGCUCCGACAAUAUGACCGAUGCCUCAGUGUCUGAGAAAAUGCAAAAAUUGGCCACAAUCGCCGGCUACAUUGGUCUUUCUCAAGUGCUCCCCGCCAAUAGUGCGGCGGAGAGGCAAGACUUGGUUCUACAAGCCCAAGCCGAACUCAGUGCUGUGAUGCAAGUUGAUAAGUGUCUGGCUAGUCUUGAGAACGGCCUUCCUCCAGGGCCGUACCAUUCGGCCAGUGGUGAAACCGCCAAUCUCUUCGACGGACGGUUGAUUCUUCUUCGUCUCCGUCUGGCGCAUACGCGCAUCAUGCUUCUCAGACCCCUUAUGGCUCGCUUCUGUCUAUCGCAUCUGCAAACGCAUCAAGUUUCUCCGCCAGCUGAAACAAGCGUAGGCGAUCGUGUGCUCGAAACAUGCGCUACGCUCUGUGUUGAAAACACGCAGAAGCUCAUCACGCUGAUUCAGGAGUGCUCGCGACCAGACAGGACUGGAAUCAUACCCUGGUGGUAUCGUAUUUUCUACCUCCGCAUCGCGAUGCUGCAUUUGGUAGCAGCGAUGCUGCGGCCUGAUGUUUUCGGGACCAUGGUUUCGGAGUCAUGGAACACAGCAGUCUCCGUACUUGGUAGUCACGAGCAUCUCAGUCUGUCGGCUAGGCGAUGUCUGGACAAGUUGCAGAUGAUGUGGCAGAGGGUGGUUGAUAUACACAAUCCACCCACUCACGAAGCUCCUCCAUCCCGCGUAGAUUACCAUACAGGGCUCCACGAUGUCUUUGAGUAUCUUGGAUUUGACGGACAGAUUCCGCUGUUCGGGCUGGACGAUUCAGCGUGGCUGGACAAUGUGGAUUGGACAACAUGGUCUGCCUAG